AUGGAAGACACCCACCACACCUACCACCCCUUCACCCCCCGCGAAACCAACCCCAGCCCCACCCUCCCCUUCCGCUCCCGCACCGGCUUCGAGCGCCGCUACACCGACUUCCCACUCCCCGCAGACUGGCUCCCGCACCACCCUUUCGCAGAACCCUUCCUGAACGACACCCCGCCCUACUGGAGCAGACCCCACAACAUCCACCGCGAGCUCCCCUGCGGCCCGCCCCACCACCCCAGCGCCUGGAGCCGACGACGCGGCCACUGCCUCUUCUUCGACCCGCUCUGUCAGCGGCCGGCGCCUGCGUCCGCGGGGUUCCAGCCAGAGCCGUGGUGGGCCGCGUCGCACGCGCAGAGGGGAGGCAGUUGGGAAGACAUGCCGUGGGCGAGUAGUGCGGGCGAGCAGUCCUCGGGGGCUGUCCCGGACCAAGGACCGGAUAUUGAUAUGGGUGCGAAGGAGCCGGGAGGAGGUGGUGGGGGCAGUAGUGGUAGUUCUGGGUGUCGGUCAGGGUGCGGGGGGUUCGAGCACGUGAGCAGAGGCGGAAGGGGGGAGGGUAUGGCAGCGGGUUGGGAAAAGCACGAAGGAGAUGAAGAUGGGGGUGAGAGUGAUGCUGGGAGCGAUUCGAGCCAGUCUGAGCACGCUACCUUCAUCGCGGAGGAUUCCUUCCCAACGAUGCCGGCGGGUGGGGAUAGAGGGUUUUUCGAGCCGCCGCGGUCGGGGAGUCGGCAGAGUGUGCAUGAAUUCUUUGGGGAGCAGGCGGAUACGGGGACAAGGGUGCCGAGGCCGGUGGGGGAGUUUCCGCCGGAGUAUACGGAACCGCCUAGGUUUCAGCGUGCGCAGGAUGCGGAGGGGAGGGGUGGGGGUGGAGAGCAGCAGGCGCAGGGCUGUGGGUGUUCUUGCAGUGGUGCUGGUGCUAGUGGGAUGGGGUACUCGCUCCAAGACGAGAUGAUCGCAGCGAGGUUAGAGGAACUUGAAGCCCGCGAAGCUCGUGUAAGAGAAGUAGAGGCGACACUUCGACACGCUGAGGAGAUUCUCCGCCAAGAGCGCGAGAGAGUCAUGCACGCUGAAGGCAGACUUCGUCAAGAGAAAGCGGGAUUUGAAGCACAACGGAACCCAUUCAGGCGCGAAUGGCGACGCCAACAGCAACAGUCGAGAAGACAACGGAAACCCUCCUACCACUUCACAGACUCGGAUUUCGAUAUGCUCUCCAGCGACGACGAAGAACCUACCUUCAACCGCGGUCCGCCCUUCUUCGGCUGGAAUGGCUUCUCAGCCCAACGAGAGCCCUCGCUGGCAGGAGCCGAGCAGGCGUUCGGAGAAUACAACACCCAUUGGGACCAGCUAAGCAUCGACGACGCCGCUAUCCGCUACCCCACCCCGUCAGGGAGCGGUGGAGAUCUCUUAGACGUAGGAUCCCGAUACAUGCAGCAGAUCACAUCCUCCAACCGCUACGCCUGGGCGCCGAAACUCCCCAACUCCAACCUCCCCAUCCACCCGCACCAGGUGGUCCGCCACAACAUCUUUGGCUUCUUCAUCGCCGCAUUCGGGAUUCGUCUGCGCUACGCAGUCCUCGAGGGUUUAGAGAACGGGUCCUCGCCGCAGUGGAGGCCUGAUUUCCGAAGGGCUGACCAGGAGAAACUAAAGAAGUUGAGAGAUCAUUUGAGGAGGAAAGAGCAGAAAAGGUGGCAUCCGGAUCAGAUGAAUCGUCGAAAGAACGGGUUCGUAGGAUUGGGGGGGGAGGUGUUUUCGAGGGGGGGCAUCUCGAUGACUGGGAGAGAGUUGAGGGAGGCUAUUUGCUUGGCUAUCACGGACUUGAGGCAGGCGUAUGUUGAGACGGCAUUGAGGGAGCAGUAGGUGUAGGAUGGGGUUUGCGUGUAGUUA